AUUUAAAUAAAUUGUGGCAAAAUGACAACAAUUUCGAUUGUGAAUUUUAGCGGAAGAUUGUUUGAUCACCCUGUGAAGCCGAAGGAAGACGGGUUUGUCACCCAGAUUACAUAUCAAGAUGCUGUGAAUACCAAGGGUGGUCAGGUUGGAUCAACAAGAGCUCAAGGCGUUUCGUUUAAUGACACAGGCGAUCAAUUCGCGAUUUCAGAUUCAAGAGGAUGUAUCACUGUUUAUUACAUCUCCCAAAAUAGAUACAUGGCUAUUGCCAAAGAUGCAGUUCCUUCAAGGAAAUUAAAGUUUAUUUCAGGACUAAAGCAAGAUCAAGUCAUUGCUGCUAAUGAUAACUUCUCAUUAUCAAUCUAUGGAAUGAAGGGGAAAUUAUUAAAGAACAUUAGAGGGCACAGGUCUCAAGUUACUAAAUUUUUAUUGAACACUAAACAUUCUCUAAUUCUGAGUCAUUCCAAAGAUGUCAUUAAUCUUUGGGAUCGAGAGAAAUACACCAAGGUGAGAUCUAUUUUCGCUCAUAAUAAUUCAUUCAAAGAUUGCAAGUUUACUGUUGAUAGUUCGAUGGUAUGAACCCUAUUUAAGGAUAGUACCAUUUACUUCUGGAGUAUUGGGAAGUUCACAGCUGAUUAUAAAAUCACAAAUAACCCAAAAGAGCUCCAGCUUGGAAGCAUUGACUGCAGCACCAAAUAUUUGGCAUGUGGCGGCAAGACUCCAUAUCUUGUAGUUUACGAUAUUGAACAAUUCUUCUCAGUAAAUGAAUUGCCAAGGAGAAUAUUCAAACUGCCAGAAGGCUAUGAGAGAGGUAUUUCGAAGCUACAUUUCCUCAAAGAAAUACACCCUAAGAACGGAAGCCUGUGCAAAUUAGCCAUUCUUGCAAGUGGAACCUUCAUAAUAGUUGAUAUCCCAGAGGGAAAGUCACAAUAUGACGAUUCUAAUUCAGAGGACUUGAAGAAGCCAGAAAAUCCUCUCAGGAUUUUAGCAAGUAUUAGGCUACCAAAUUGUUCAAUUCUUGAUUUUGAUAUUGACAGAAAUUGCUACUUUGUCUCUCUCCUAACUUCAGAGGGGAAUGUCGAGCUAUAUGAUAUUGCCACUUUAGAAAAGAGUGAGUGCAAGUUUGCCAAAAAGAAGCUGAAAUCAUCUUCAAGAGGCUCAAUCUCUCAUCACAAAUCUUUCGGUCAUGUUACUGAGAAAGAGUUCGAGAAUGACAUUAAGAAUUAUUCAGCUUUUCUUCCUGAAGAAGGAAUCCUUUCUAAAAACUCUGUAAGGAUGAAAGAUAGUGGGUUUAUGGACUGUAAUGGCUCUCUCAGAAAGUCUGAAGGCCUCGAAUCAAGAAUUGGAAGUGCAUACAAACCUCAUUUGGAGCCUCCUAAUAAGAUUAAUUACAAAGAGCUCAAUACUCUCAAUUCUAGUAGAGUCGCACUGGAAGACCUCAAAAGUGGAAAGGGCAUGAAGAGCAGAUUUGACGAUUCCUCUCAGAAAUUAUUCAGUGAGGAUCUUUCUGCAAGAGCUAUUCCUCAGAGCGAGAGUAAUAUUCUGAUUUAUAAGGAAGGUGUUCCUGAUAUGCAGGAUUAUGGAUCUUUUAUUAAUGAGAUGGAAUCUCAGGGAAAUACUAAUAAGAAUAAACACUCGAAACCAUUUAAUCCAAGGACUAACCGUAAAUCUGUAUCCAUACAAAUAGAUGGAGGAAAAAUGAGCAUUUCAAAGCUCAAGCCAAUCCUUAGGAAGUACUCUGAGUACCCAGAGAAGUAUAGAAAGUCUAUUUGGCAGAGCAUUCUUCAAUGUCCAGAGAACAAACUUCUUGGUGAUUCUUUAUGUCAAAAGAUUAAUCCAGCUUUUGAAGAUCUCAGGCAAACCUAUAAGAUUUCAUCAGAUAGGAUUUACAACAAAUUAGUUAAAACUCUUUCAGGACUGGCAAACUGGUGUCCACUUUUUGCUGAAGUAGCAUAUCUCCCUGAUCUUGUAUUCCCAUUUGUGCAAACUAUUAAACACGAUGACAAUGCUUUGUUUGAAAUCGUUUUGACCUUUUUAGCUCAUUUCUGUCAACUCUGGUUUGAGAAAUACCCUAGUGACCCCAUACAUUUACUGAAGACCUCAGUUGAAGUAAUAAUCGCUAAGGAAUCUAUGACUUUGAUUAAUCAUUUCGUUAGCCAUGGGUUUGGAGUGGCAGAGUACGCCUGGCCAUUACUCAAAAAUGCAUUCUCAGUGGUUCUUUCGAAAGAUGACUGGCUCAGUCUCUUUGACAAUGUAUUUACAUAUCAAGAUAAGCCUGAACUCCUAUUUUACUUCACUGCUGCAUAUUUGCUAUAUUUUAAAAACACAUUGACUAAGAUUACAACUGUGGAGCAAAUGUUGAGCUUCACACAGAAGCAGAAUAGUAUUCAAACUAAGAUAGUUAUGAAGGAAGCUCUCAAGUUGUAUAAAAAGUACAACGAAGAUGACGAAGUUCUCAUUGGCACAUUUGGUAACUACAUUCCUGUCCACCAGGAGGGUAAAUACAUCACUUUUUCCAAUUACCCCACAGAAAACGUGGCUUAUGCUAAACAAAUCAGGCUUAUGAAACUUAAUGAAGAGGAAAUCAAAGAGCAUCGUCAGAAAGAAGUUGGGGAGCUACGUAACAGAGUUUCAAAACUUUUACUUAAGGAUAAGCAAGUACGUGAGCAGACUCAGACUAUUUCAGAGCAAGAAUCCAGAAAGGCCCAACAGAAGCAGAUAGAAUUAGAAGAGCAAAUCCUUCUCAAGCUCAAAGAGCAGAGUGAAAGGACUGAAUAUCUCAGGAAACUUGAGGAAAAUCUCAGAGUCACUGUUGAGAAACAAAAGGAACAAAAAUGUGAUGACCAAACGCGCCUAAUCCAAGAGUAUGAAGAAAGGAAGAAGAUCUUUCAAUAUGAAGAAAUCAUGCAAAAACAAGAAAAAGACUUGUCACAAAUGGAAAAGAACGCUGCUCUCCGCAUUCAUGACAUUAUCUCUAUGAGACAGAAGGAGGAAUACGAGAGACAGAUCAACCAGCAUAUCGAAAAUCAUCCCUUCAGAGGUCUCUUGGAUAAGCCAGGAAUGGAUGACACUAUCAGUAACAGAGACAGCAUUAGCUCAAGACCGCCUCUUUCCAAAAGCUCGAUGAUUUUCGAGAACAAUCAGCAAUCAGAAGAAAUAGAUAACCGCAUGAGGAAGCUUGAAGAAGAAAUGAGGAAUGUCAGGGUCGACAAAGAACGAAGACUCAAGCAAAUCGAAUCAGACUACGCUCAAGCUUCUGAACAAAUGAAGGCUGAAAUCUCCAAAAAGAACGAAUAUCUCAAAAUGCUGGAACAAAUGAACAACUACGAGAUUGAUUAUCGCAGCCAAGCCCUGAAUGAAAUCUCUGAUGGGAAGAUAAAAGAGCUACUAGAUCAGAAGAAAGAGAUUGAGAAUUCUCUCAAAAAUGAGAAGCAUGAGCAGAUUAGGCUCCAGAAAGCUAUUGAAAAGAAGCAUUUUGAGCAACAGUUAAUGAAACUCAAUCUGCUUAAAGAAGAGCAAAAGAAAGACGAAGAAGCAAGACUUCAAGAGAUCUCUAAAGAAAUGGAGCAUAAAAAAAGAGAAUGGGAACUUAUCGACAAAGAACUCUCCAUGAAAGAGAAAGAAAUCAUUGAGAAAGAGAAAUUCAAAGAUCUUCUGAAGGAAACCGACCAAAAUCUGCUCCGCAUUGAGGAAGAAAAACUAGCUAUGGAGAAUCAGAAGCUCCAACAGAAUGUCAACGAAGUUACUCAGAAGGCUUAUUAUGAGACUCAGAGCAAAGUCUCAGAGAUUAUGAAAGAAAGAGAGAUCAACUUCCAAGAAUAUACUUUGCUAAGACAACAACAGAUUCAUAAAAAGUAUGAAGACAGGGUCAAAGAGAUAGAAGAGGAACAUAAAGCAAAGGAAAUAGCUAGAGAGCAGCAGAUCAAGAACAUACAGCAAGAAUACCAGAUUAAUAAUGCUGAAAGAGAUCAGUCCAUAAGUGUUUAUGAGAGAGACGACAAGACUGAUCGGGAUAAUUCUAAGGAGAGAAAUCCAGUAAUAUCUCCAGAGAAAGAGGAGCUCUCUUACAUCCAGAAUCAUCCUCAAGAAGAAUCAAAGAGUUAUUAUGAAGAAGCUGCCAAUAUUAAUCUGAAUAUGUAUAGAGGGCCUUUGUCAGAUCUCAAUAGCUCCAUGAACCAGAAAUAUCAAAAUGAAAAUGUAUAUGAGAGGCAAAGAAAUGAUGGAAACGCAGGCACUCUAAAAGAUCAAAUGAAGGCUAUCAAAGGAGUUUUAUCACAACCAGCAUCAGAAGAAAAUGAAGGGUUUAGAUAUGAUAUUCAGAGUAUAACAUCAGAAGCUCCAAGUAGAAUGAAUGAUAGUUAUUCCUCAAUAGAAGAUGACCCGGCAUUGGUUAAGCAUGAGCAAUCAAAGCAAGCUUUUGAAGCUUAUAAGAACACAUACAAUGCUUUUGGAGCAACUGAAGAUUAUUCAUUGCAGUUGCGAGAAUCAACAUUUGGCAACCCAACUGCUUCUUCAAAAGAGUUCCAAAGAAUUACAACAACUAAGCCAACUUCUCAAUAUGGCGAUCCUAAAGACUCAACUAAUGAAGGAUACGAAAUUAGGUCUUAUUAUAUGGGAGGAGAUGGUCGCAUAAGCUCAGCAAUUACUGAAGAAAACGACGAUGGCUCAACUAGCUCUCAAUUAGAAAAUAUAUCUCAAACUAGUAGCAUGUCAUCUCAGAACUAUCCAGAUUAUGUUCAAGAAAAGAGUUAUACUGUUGAUGAAAAUGCUGUUCAAUCCACUUACAACAAAUCGAUGGUCAAAUCUUAUAAUUCAAAUAUAAUUUCUCCACCUCAGGAGUACAUGAAGAGCCCUGUAGAUAGCUCCUUGGGGACCUCAGAGAUUUCAUCGACCUCUUCAGAUGCUGAGAACCAGAAUCCAAAUGUUGCUCAUUAUCCUCCUGAGCAUAUGAAUGUGGCUAGCUACGAUUUCUCUCAUUCCAAAGAGAUUGGGGAUGGGUCCAAUAUGCCUAUCAACCCUUUUUAUAACCCAAACCCAGCAUUUUCCUCUAGUUAUGGGUUCAAGCCCCAGUAAUAGUCUGGUAUAAGUUAUGUUAAGCAUUUUCAAAUAG